AUUCUACCAAUAAUGAACCAAAAUAUUAUCUCUCCUUCUUCUCUCUCUAUUUCUAUGUCUGUCUCCUUUAACUCAACUCAAGUGGAGUGUGAAGUGGAGUCAAGAUAUUUCCCAUUUCAUUAAUUAAUCAUUCAACAUCACACAACCCAAUCUCCAUCCAUUCAUUCACAUUCCUAAUUUCACCUUUCUUAGAUCCAUGGAUAAUUCUAGAUUCCAGCUUCACAGUUGCACCUUCAUCAUCAUUAUCAUUUUCAUCACCGGACUCGCAACGAAAUCUGAAUCAAUAGGAAUAAACUACGGUCAAAUUGCAAACAACCUACCAUCACCAGAAAACGUAGUAUCCCUAAUAAAAUGCAUCGGAGCAACAAAAGUAAAACUCUACGACGCAGAUCCAAAGGUUCUAAAAGCAUUCGCAAACACAGGAAUCGAAUUCAUGGUUGGAUUAGGAAACGAGUACCUCUCGAAAAUGAAAGACACAAACAAAGCACAAACAUGGAUCAAAACAAAUCUCCAACCCUAUCUCCCAUCCACAAACAUAACCUCCAUUUUCGUAGGAAAUGAAGUUCUUACAUUCAACGACACUUCACUCACUUCGAAUCUUCUUCCAGCUAUGCAAAGUGUUCACACCGCACUUAUUAACCUUGGACUCCAUAAACAAAUAACUGUUACCACAACUCACUCCUUGGCUAUUCUACAAACAUCUUAUCCUCCUUCUUCUGGAACCUUCCGUCCUGACCUAGCUCCGUGCCUAGCUUCGAUCCUCACUUUCCAAGCCAAAACUGGAUCUCCUUUUUUAAUCAACGCUUAUCCUUACUUCGCUUAUAAAGAUAAUCCCAAACAGAUACCGUUGGAUUACGUUCUGUUUCAACCGAACGAAGGGAUGGUGGAUCCGUCUACAAACCUUCACUACGACAACAUGCUGUUCGCGCAGAUCGACGCGGUUUACUCGGCUCUUGGCUCAUUAGGUUACGGGAAAUUGCCGGUACAUAUAUCGGAAACCGGUUGGCCUUCGAAAGGGGACGAAGAUGAAGUGGGUGCGACGGUUGAGAAUGCGAGGAAGUAUAACGGGAAUGUUGUGAAGAUGAUUAGUAGUAAGAAAGGAACGCCGUUGAGACCUAAUUCUGAUUUGAAUAUUUACGUUUUUGCCCUUUUUAAUGAGAAUAUGAAACCUGGACCAACUUCCGAAAGAAAUUAUGGAUUGUUUAAACCUGAUGGUACACCUGCUUAUAAUCUUGGAUUCUCUUUGUCUUCUUCGUCCUCUUCUUCUUCUUCUUCGAGUCCUCCUUCAAAUGAUGCUGUUAAUAAUGAUACUAGCUCGGGGGCGCCGCCUCAUCCGCCGACCUCAUCCACCGGUUAUUUGUCCAUUUCCUCAGCUACUUCGUUGGAGAGAUAUUGUUUCCUUGGGCUUUCUUUAUCCUUUCUGCUGCCGUUAUUGAUGAUUUUGAAGUUUUGAGGAUUUUCACUUUAAAAAAUGUCUCCAAAGAAGACACUAGGGCAUCAUGGUCAUUGAGAGAAGAAGAGUAAAGGCAUAAUGAAAAAGGAGUAAAGGGAGAAUGCAUUUAUCUUCUCUUUAUAAUAUCGCUUACCGGUCUAGGAAGGAAAGGUAGUUUGUUGUGGACAUCAAGACCCUUGUGCCCUGCCCUGCCAGUUCAUUUAUUUAUGUAUUAUUAUAGAAUUAGAUCCCAUUUUAUUGGUUCUCAUUUUGAGAUAUUAUUAUUCAUUCAUAAUAAUAAUGUGCUACGCUUGUUCACAUUUGUUGCGUUCAA